AUGGACGACAUAGACAUUACCGACUCUGACGCCGCCUCCGACGAGGAUAUUGAUACAGACACGGAGGAUUUCAGCAGUGAAAUGGAGGAAAUGGAGGAUUUCAGCAGUGGCGAAAGCCCUCUCAACGAACACCGCUACGUCAAUAUGUUUCGUACCUACUGAUACAACCACAACGCACUUUCCAAGAAAGAUCUCUUGCUAGUAGAGCGUCACCUCAUCAUAGCCGGCAUCCAAGAAUUCCUUCUCCCAUACAAUAUGCCUCUCAACAACGCCCAAGAAUUGGAGUUCCUCAGAACCUUGAAGCAAAGUGUUGAUACGUAUACACUUGGAGUGCGCUACUUCUUAGCGGUUAAGUGUGGUGACAUGAUUGGCAUUCCCCUUCGUUACUCGUUCGAGGUGGAUGGACAAGUUACGAUAGAGGAGGAGUAUAGCUAUGAUUGGGGAUAA